UCCUAACCGAUCCGAGCCAGAAGACACAAUGACGAACCCUCUGGAUGGGGACUUCCAGCACCUUCUCCUGCAAGGUGCACAUAACGGGCGCGUCAAGGUGCAGCAACGGAGAGCAGCGGCAGGUGCCUCAAUUUCUAGCAUUGAAAGGCCUCGGCAGAGACACCACGAACAAGGACCCCUCCGUCGACGACCAGGACCGGUAGCAGGGCAAUUCAGGAACACCCAGAAUGGCUCCAUCACCGCAACCCCCUCGCCGGCUCCGCGCCCACUGUCAUCAUCCCAGCCAGCAGUGGUGCUCCCUUCGGCCUGGAGCUCCGGAAAGAGCGCCACCAUGGUCAUCAAACCCAUACCCACAACCGUUAACCCGUGGGACGUCAGCAAGUUCUUCGCCAAGUUCGGCAAUGUCGUGUGGGUUGAACUCGACAGCCCAUCGAGGAGCAAUUACCGGUCCGCAAAGAUCCGCUUCGAACCUCCGCCCACUGAUCUUGGUUUCUUCCAAGAAGGGAAAUGCAGACAUAACCUCGGCGGACCUUGGUCGUGGGCUCAAGUCGAGUUUGCCACGCCGCAUCGCAAAGAGCCCACCCUGACAACGCCGCUUGGAAACACCUGCCCUGCCUCGAUCAGCCUUAGGCUCCAGAGACUGACCUUUGGUCUCCUAACUCGGCCGACAAUCUUCAUGUCAAAAAGGGAGAUUACUCCAUUGAGUAGCAAUCUGGAACUGAAACUGACCGCAGAUUUCCGCCGGCAGAUGCUGACUAUUCAUUUCCCCUACCUCAUCAGCGGGGAGAGGCAAUAUUACCGCCUCGACAUGAAGUUUGGUAUCAUUCAAGGGAUCCACAGAAGCGCUACCGGGAGUGGUUGCUCUGGUCUUCUCUCCAUACGCCUCAAAGACGCCCCCUUGGCUCGAAAGAAACAGACUAAACUGAGUGGGACGGCUUGGACGGACCGUCUGGUCUGGGGUGAGGACGAGCUUUGGCAUCGGGCCGUUGAGAUCAAGCCUGACUCACAGAGCCCCCCUACCCAGCCGAUAUCUCUUGACGAGGAAGCAGAGCCAAUAGACAUUGGCCGCUGGACAACCUACUUGCUUCACCUGGAAAAGCCGGCUGAAGAGCAAUGGCUGAUAAUCGAAGCGUAUCUCCAUGAGUGGAACAUUACCACAAACGUCGAUGUGAAGUUCGCGCAGAUUCCAUCGAGGGACCCAGAGCUCUGGGACAUGCUGUCCGAUCCGCAUUUAGGACCGUUGACCAACCUGUCCUGGAGCAACGAUCUCGCCAUUCUUUCGCCCUCGACACACAUUGCUCUGCCGUUCGACGUCAGAUAUCAGCUCGAAGUCUGUGUCUCCCGCGGGAUUUUGAGCGAGUAUAACAUUGGGCGCGAGUGGCUCGAAAAACUCUCCUCCUUCUCAGGCCCUGCUAACUGGGGCGCUGCUAAUCGUGCGCGGUUGAUUCUGGAGUACGCGGCAGAUCAAGGGCGCCCAAUACAUGACCCCCUAGAGCUGUUCAAAGACCAUGGCGCCAUGACCUACUAUCCCGCCACCCUCCACAUUCCCGACUACUGCGCCUUGAUCCGUCGGGCGAUUGUUACGCCGACUAGGAUGUACUUCAGCACGCCCACCGUGGAGACAAGCAACCGCGUCGUUCGCCGUUACCAACACAUUCAGGACCACUUUCUUCGCGUUCAGUUUACCGAUGAGCUGUUAGACGGGAGAAUCAGGGCUUGCGAGGUCGACCGAGACGAUGAGCUUUAUGCUCGGGUCUGUCGCGUCAUGACCCAGGGAAUACGGAUGGGCAAGUGGCACUGGAAGUUUCUUGCCUUUGGAAACUCACAGAUUCGAGAAUCCGCUGCCUUCUUCUUUUGCGAGCCCGAAGAUGGUUCUGUUACCUGUGACUCUAUACGACAAUGGAUGGGUAAUUUUGAUCACAUUACCUCGGUCGCCAAACUCGCUGCUCGGCUCGGGCAGUGCUUCUCGACCACUCGCCUUCUGCAUUGCAUCUCGUCUCCUCGCAUUGCCAGAAUCCCCGACGUUGAGUCAGAGAACGGGUUCUGCUUCACAGAUGGCAUUGGAAAGAUAUCUCUCCCUCUGGCCUGUCUUGUGGCCGAAGACUGGAAACUCGACAGACCGCCAUCAGCAGUUCAGUUCCGGAUGGGUGGCUGUAAGGGAGUCCUGGUACAAUGGCCUAAUGUCAAGGGCACCGAGAUUCACAUUCGGCCAUCUCAGGAGAAGUUUUGUGCCGAGUACAACGGCCUGGAGAUCAUCCGGUGUUCUCAGUUUUCCUGCGCGACCUUGAAUCGGCAGACCAUCCUGAUCCUCUCGUGCUUGGGAGUUUCGGAUGAAGUCUUUAUUGACAUGAUGGCGUCGCAGAUUGCCAAUUUCGACGCUGCUAUGACGGACAAGGACACGGCCGUCGAGCUCCUCGACAACUAUGUGGAUGAAAAUCUGACCACAACCACCAUCGCCUCCAUGCUCCGCAACGGCUUCAUGCACACGCGCGAGCCCUUUGUCCGCACUGUUCUCCAACUCUGGAGAUCUUGGUCAAUCAAGGCCCUUAAGGAGAAAGCGAGACUCGUUGUGGAGCAGGGUGCUUUCGUCCUCGGUUGCGUGGAUGAGACCGGGACACUCAGGGGCUAUUCCCGGGCAACCGAGGGUCAAAGCAAUGUCUCAAGAGAUCAGCUGCCUCAGAUAUUUUUUCAGGUUCCUGACAGAGAUCAUCGGCAUGCGUACAAGGUCGUCACUGGUCUCUGCAUCGUAGGGCGCAAUCCGUCACUGCACCCUGGCGACAUCCGCGUCGUGGAAGCAGUGGACGUGCCCCAGCUACGCCAUCUUCGGGACGUAGUUGUUUUCCCACUGCGAGGGGAUAGGGACGUCCCAAGCAUGUGCUCAGGGGGCGAUUUGGAUGGAGACGACUUCUUCGUCAUCUGGGACCCUAGACUGCUCCCAGCAGAAUGGGGCCAUCCUCCCAUGAACUAUAGCGCGCCGCAACCACCUAUUGAAUCGCGAGCUUCACUUGCCAAGAGCCUGGCAUUCUUUUUUGUUUUGUUUAUGAAAAAUGACAGGUUGCCCUUGAUCGCACAUGCUCACCUCGCCAGGGCCGAUUACGAGCUUGAAGGCGCGAAACACUGGAAGUGUUAGUCGCUGUCCGUUUUUUACCUUGGAUAAUGGUUGGGCUGCUAAUC